AUGAAUCCCAGUGCUGGUCAAGCGCCACCCGACCUACAGUCCAUUCUGGCCACGCUAUCACAAUAUGUGCCGCAAGCUGCAGGCGUAGAACAAGCUGUGCAGAAUACUGUGGAUGUCUACCAGCCCGCACCAGAUGCACAAGCAGUUCUUGAGCGGCCACAUGACCCACGGCUACGACCGCAGAACCGCUCUGCUACAGCUUCGCCAAAGCCCAAACCCAUGGUGGAUCCUGCCACUAUUGUGACAUGGCAAGAAGGACUUCGUUGCGUAACGAAGAUCGCAGCUCAAAAUGCCCAAUUCGCUGUGAGCAUUAAAAGAAUGAUGGACGACCAGCGCAAACACGAGAUGAGAUGGUACUCCGAGCGCCAAGCCCUCAAACAAUCCCAAGUCACCCGCGUCGAUGCAUCUGCGAAAGCGCAGUCAAUCCUGCAGGCCUUGGGUACUGGUACUCCAGCACCAGCGACUGCGCAGACAGAUGUCGAGAAGGAUGCUGAGCUGGCUGCCUUUGAUCGAAAAAUCUUCGCUGCGCAGGUUGCUAUGGAGGAGGCGAUGACUGGCGAGCUCAAGGGUUUGGGUGUGCCGUUCUUUGGGACGAAGACUGAUCUUAUCCGAGGCGAUGCUUCGAUUGUCCCAAUGGGAGGUGGAUUGAACGGCAAUGCACUGGUCAAUGAGGUAGACUUGAUGGCAUUACGAAGGAAAAUGGUGCAGCAUCUUGAGGACUUGUAUAGAGACUGA